GCAGCCUCCGUUUAAUUCACUCGUCAAUCGAUUCGCAAGAUCAAAUUCACAGCCCUCCGUCCCAUCUUAAAACCCCCAAAUCCUAAUUUCCAUGAGUAGUUCAAUUCUCUUUCCCGCUCAUGCUCUUCAAAUUCCAAAGCAACCAGUUCCCUCACUCACAAUUUCCUCGUCCGCCAACAAAUCCACUGUAAAUUUUCAUUGAUAAUUUUUAUUUUUCUCCAGUUCUUCUUUUGGGAAUCAAUGGCGACGAGAAACCGGACCAUUCAGUACAAGAAGCACAGAGAUGCAGUGAAGAGCGUGCGGGCUCCUUUGUCGUCGUCAGUGUCAGGUUUGAGGGGUCCGGUUAUUGAAAUGGUUAAUACUUCGAUACUUCGUUCCAAUCAUGCCUCCUAUACUCCCCUUAGCACUGAAGAACCUGGUCCUUCCAGUAGCGAUGCCUUUACAAUUGGUUUGCCACCAGCCUGGGUGGAUGAUACUGAAGAAAUAGCUGCAAAUAUUCAGAUUGUUCGAACCAAAAUGGCUGAGUUAGUCAAGGCGCAUUCAAAAGCAUUAAUGCCUUCCUUUGGAGAUGGCAGAGAAGAUCAGCGAACCAUUGAGGUUCUUACUCGAGAGAUUACUGAUUUAUUGAGGAAAUCUGAGAAGAGAUUACAGAAACUUCCUGCUAGUGAGUCUCCUGAGGAUUCAAAUAUUAGAAAAAAUGUACAGCAUUCUCUUGCAACAGACCUUCAGAACCUCUCAAUGGAUCUUCGGAGAAGACAGUCAACAUAUCUUAAACGUUUGCAGCAGCAAAAAGAGGGACAUGAUGGUGUUGGCUUCGAGAUGAGCCUAAAUGAGAAAAAACCCAGAUAUAAAGAUGAUGAAUUUGGUGAUAUGGGUUUUAAUCAGCUCCAAACAAUUCAGCUAAAGAAGAGUGAGCAAUUAACUGAGGAAAGGGAAAGAGAGAUUGAACAGGUGGUGGCAUCAGUAAAUGAGCUUGCUCAAAUCAUGAAGGACCUAUCUGUCCUUGUGAUCGAUCAGGGUACAAUUGUUGAUCGGAUAGACUACAACAUUCAGAAUGUUGCAUCAUCCGUAGAUGAGGGCUUUAAACAGCUGCAGAAGGCAGAGAGAUCGCAGAAGAAAGGAGGGAUGGUGAUGUGUGCGACAGUGCUUGUUAUUAUGUGUUUCAUCAUGCUGGUACUCUUGAUCCUCAAGCAUUUAUUUUUGUGAUCAUGUUACGUAUGCCAUUGAUCCCUUGGUCUGCUAGUCAAAUGCGAACCUGCAAAUUAGGGUUUUAAACUGACUGGGAAGUGUAAAGAUGACCAGAAUACAUGUCUGACCCACUUGGGUUGUGGGAAAUUGUCUAUAUGGAAGUUUGCAUUACAGUUUUGCCUUUGGCAAGAAAAAUUUGCUCCCUUUUCUUCCUUUCUUUCCAGUUUUUACUCCCUUCUCUCCGUAUAUUUUUUUCCGCAGGCCCUACCACUCUUCCGUGUCAGUUACCGCAGCCUUUUUUUAAGGGUAGCCUUUAUUGUAACAGGUUUUUAUUGCAAAUAUCUUUAACUUAAUAUGUGGAAAGAUAUCUUACUCCAGGUUAUGUUAUCUUGAAUUAUGGAUUUUUGUAAA